AUGAACAAAUUAAUCAUCUUAGUUGGAUUGAUAUUUGUAGCAACCCAAACUUUGUCAGUGCCUGUCGACGAAGAUUCAAGCAAUAUAGUGGAACAUCCAACCCCCCCUACAAGCCACAGAGGCCCACCAGGUCCCCCUGGACUUCCAGUAAUUCACUCAGGCCCUCCAGGACUACCUGGACCCCCGGGCUCAGCCGGAAGUUAUCCUCACCUUCCAGAGUUUAAAACGAAACCACUCAUAAUAUGUCCACCAGGUCCUUUAAGACCACCAGACUAUUAA